AUGCAGCAGCCUGGAAGGCUGAGCAAGCACCCGGAGGGACACCGCAUGGAGAAUUGCCUGGAGCCCCGCAGAUUUAAGGGAAGUGGACAGACAGACGGCAAUUUAAUUUUAAUUGCGAUUGAGGAUUCCGAAGAAGAAAUUAGGUUGAAGCAGAAGAAGCAGCAGAAGCAGCAGCAGCAGCAGAAAAAAAAAAAGAAAAAUAUAAAAGAAAGAAUAAAAGCAGCCAAGAAGAUCCAGGCCUGGUGGCGUGGCACCCUGGUACGCCAGACAUUGUUCCACGCAGCCCUCAGGGCCUGGAUCAUUCAGUGCUGGUGGAGACUGACAAUGGACAGGCUGCGGCAGAAGAAGCGGAGGGCAGCCCUGAUUUCCUACGCACACACGGAGAGGGCGGUGGUCCAGCUCCAGUCUUUGGUCCGUAUGUGGUGCAUCCACUGGCGAUACUGCCAGGUGCUCAAUGCCAUUUACAUCAUCCAGUACCGCUGGCAAUGCCACAACUGCCAGACCUGUGCUCUCCUCCGGGGCCACCGUGUCGUCACAGCCACUCACCUGCAGUUCCACAUUGAAAUCAUCAAUGGCAAGAAUGCGGCACUGUCUCCUCUCCUCAGUAAAGGUCUAACCUGA